UUUCACCAACAGAGAUAAACUUAAUGGAAAAUCGAGAUAUUUUUAUCGAGAUAAAAAGUUAAACUUGAAUUUUAAUCGCGAUGAUCUUGUGUCCGUUUCACCACGACUUAUCCUCUUCCCAGAUAAUCGAGAUAAUAAUAUCUCGAUAUUCAUUAUAAAAUCCCGAUUUUCUUUUUGAAAUCUCGAUGUUCGGAAGAAAAGUAAACAAAUAUCGCGAGUAGGUUUGUUGUUAUUCAAGUCGUGUAGCGAUAAUAAAGAUAAUGGAAGCUAAAGAAAACACUUGUUCCGCCAAAAAACCACGAAAUAAGAAUUUAUCACCAGAAGAAAAAAUUGUUUUGUUAGAUUUGGUGACAGAACAUUUUAACAUAAUUGAAAAUAAGCGCACGGAUGCAGUAACACAACAGAACAAAUUGAAACAGUGGCAAAUUAUUGCAAGUAGUUUCAACUGUGUGUCAGGAGUCCAUCACAGGUCUGCAGAUAACCUGAAAUCUGUUUGGGAAAAUCUGAAGAAGACGACACGGAAACAGUAUGCAGACGAAAAAGUUCAGAUGGUAACUGGGACAGGUAUGUUUUGUAUAAAAAUAUUUUCAACUUGUAUUACAAAAUGUAACAUUUUAUUUUGUGACUUACUAUACAAAGUGAAAGGAAGUGGUUUAAUAUAUUUUUACAAAUGGCAAUGUACAUUGACAAUUAAUUUAAUUAAAUUGAAUACAUUGUUUUUUUCAGGUGGAGGACCCCCCACAAAGUGUACAAAUGACCCUAUUUUGGGCCGCGUAUAUACUUUAAUAAAACCUGUAGUUAAAGGACACAAUAAUAUCUUUGACUCAGACUCAGAUGCAGUAAUGGUCAAUACAUUACAAUGCAUAAGUGAAUCAAACAACACAGAAGAAAAUGCAGUCGUAGAGCUGGAAAUAGGUUCGAUGGUGGACAUUGCUACCCUGGAGACUCAAACUAGUACACUUCUUAAUGGAGACUGGUCCCACUACACUCCCUCAAUGCUCAGAGGCCCCAUAUGUCCUGCUCUUGUACCACAAAAUAAUGCCAGUUCAACAUCAUCAGUUUCACCAGUGAUAUUCCCUUGUGUCAAAGAAACGGUUAUGGUAAGCACUGAGCAAGGCAACUGUGAAAGUACUUCAAGAGACCAUAUUCCCGAUAAUAGUAACAAUGUUGCAAAAUCAGUCCUUGAGUGUCAGUUGCCAAACAUCGCGGGGAAGUCUUCCUGGACUCAGAGACGGCGGCCAAAAUUGCAGUCCAGCAAGAACAAUGAAAGAAGUGCCCUCCAUAAAGCUAAAAUUGAACUAAUUGAAUUAUGUAAGAAAUAUGCAACAGAAGAAAAUGAAGCUAUGAAAGAACUGCGUCAAAAGAUGACCAGCUGGAAAACUGUGAUCCUGCUCCUGUGGCCUGCGAACCAGUUGGAACCGGAGUCCACGAACCGGUUGGAACCGGAGUCGACGGGAUUAUUGGUCUGCACGUGA